CAAAAGAGAGAGCGAGAGCAGCCGAGCAAGAGCAACGAGGGGGGAAGCCUUCCUGCUCUUUGGGCUUGGAGUCCCAAAGUGGAAGCUUUUUUCACCAUUAGAGAGGAGGAAGGGAGUUCUUCUUUGGCCUUUCCUCUUUUUUUAUGAGUUCGUGAAGAAGGAAAGCCAGCAAUAAAGGAUUUGGGCCUUGUUGGUUUUGAUCUGGAUGAUCAUGGAAACAAUUUGAGUUGGAAAGGAGAGAUCCUUGUUGUGAAUUUAUUUGGAAUUCUGGAUUGGAGGAGAAUUUUGUUCUUGUGGGUUGUUUCAUAAAUUGAGCUUAUGCUUUUCAGCUGUGGCUUUGCGCUGCAGCAAUGAUUGUUCGAGAGGUUUUCUUAGCUCUAGCUGUUAGGUUUAGAAGAAUUGGAGAAGGUUCCAACAGUAAUUCGUGAUUCCUCUCCCUCAUAUCCUAGCUUGCACUGUUAUAUAAGAUCUUGAAGACUCACCGACGUCUGUGAUUUGGGCAUUGCUGUAUUCAGUGUUGGUUUCUUGGAUCUUUACUCAGUGAUGGCAGCAGAUUCAAACACAAGUUUUCACCAAGGGCUUGUUCCAUCAUCCAUGUAUCAUAGCCGCCUGGUUUCUUUUCAGUCAGGUGCAACAAAUAGUGUGACAGGGACUGUUCCCGCAGGUUUAAACAACUCUGGUGCCAUUAACAGCACAGGCGGUAUGCUUUUGGCGGCAAACCCAAGCAUGAUAUCAAACACAUCUUCGGUGAUUCAGAGUGGUUGUUCUUCUAGUAAUAUUCUUCUUGAUUCAGUUCCUUGUCUCAAACAUGACACAGGGUUGGUUGUAGAAUGGACACCUGAGGAGCAGGCUUUAUUGAAGCAAGGUCUUAUCAAAUAUGCUAAUGAGCCUAAUAUCAUGAAGUACAUCAAGAUAGCAGCCAUUCUGGGUGAUAAGACAGUAAGAGAUGUCGCAUUGAGGUGUCGAUGGAUGCUAAAGCGGGAUAUCUUUAAACGGAGGAAGUCAGAAGAAAAUUAUUUGGGAAAGAAGAUUAAAGAUAGGAAGGAAAAAACGAUCGAUUUGCCUCUGAAGAUGAAUAUGGCUCCAGUUCCAUCAAACAAUACACAGGCCUAUUCUCAGUUGAUGCAUCAGGAAAAAAUGGUUGAUUUGCCUUCAAAGCUGAAUAUGAAUCCAGUUCCUGAAGAUUACUUUCUUCUGGAGAAAAUGGUUGAAUCACUUCCAAAGAUGAAUGCAAAUCCAGUUCCAUCAAACAAUAUGCCUGCCUAUUCUCAGUUGAUGCAUCAGGUGCCCCAAAACCAAUUCUUUUAUGAAGCUCCAGUAAUUGACAGUGCAACAAGGAAUCUGCUUGAGGAGAAUGUUCGAAUCUUAGGCCAAAUUAAAGCUAAUCUGUCAACCUUUAAGUCAGAUUAUUGUCUCUCCGUUACUUACCAGGCCAUGAUUGAACAGCUGGUGACUAGCUUGAAUUUCUCUCUUUCUUUUAUACAGGUGCAGGAUAACAUACCUCUCUUCUAUCGCAUGAGAAACAAUGUGGCAACCAUCCUGAUGAGGAUGAGCCACAUGCCUGGGGUGAUGGGUCGGAUGCCACCACUCCCGGUGUCAACAAAUGAGCAACUUCUCAGCAAUAUGCUUCCUAGUCUAUGCCAGUUUUUUUAGCUCGUGUGGCUCGUGGCACUGGCUUCAAGCCGGAGAGAUCCAAGACUACUGAUAAUUUGCUAGUUGUUUACUAGAUCAGUUUUAUAACAUCAUAUCUUCAGAAAAGUCGAACUUCUAAAGCUCGUCGUCAUAUAUUGAUCACAGCAGCAGAAUCAAUAAAUGAACGCUUUUUAUUCCGUCUUUACACCGAUGUUUCUCAUUGUCAAGAGUGAGAAAGAUGAAAUCUUUGAACAAAAUUAUUCGUUUUUAGGUGCUUGGAAACAAUUGAUUCUUCAGCUUAGUUUCAUUAUCUUUUUCUUUUUUUUUUUCUAUUCUAUAGAUGAUCUCUAGUAACCUUGUGAAUGUAAAUAUCAAUUGUUUUGUAUAUUGCAACUUUUGCUCCAUUUGGUCA